ACCCCUCGGCUCCUCAUCUUCCCCCUCCCCUCCCGCGCCUCUCCUCCCUCCCGUUCCUGGGAACGGGAGAAGCCAAAGCUGCGGGUGGGUAGAGAAGCGCUCGGCGCCUCCGGGAGGGGGCUGCGCCCGCCCCGUCUGUACCCCGAAGCACUGCCAGAGCCCGGCUUCGGGGAUUGUGAGUCGGCUGGGCACCGUGGGGAGCCGCCCUUGGCAGAGCUAGGGCAGAAGAGUGGUCAUCCCUCAGUGUCUGCAGGUUACACAAUAUCCUCCUAUGCUUGAGACCUACAGACUACGUGUCCUACCAGAACUAAUCAAUGGUUUUUCAUCUCCUGGAGAUAAAUUAGAAACAUAAACAUGGUGCCAAAAGAACUCCUUACCUUACUCUAACUCCAGUUUAUUCGGACGUACUUUUGUAUUGAAGAGAGGUAUACAAAUUAAGGAUACCUGUGCAGAGACUCUGUCGUGUAGGAUCAUGGACCAUCCUAGUAGGGAAAAGGAUGAAAGACAACGGACAACUAAACCCAUGGCACAAAGGAGUGGACACUGUUCCCGACCAUCUGGCUCCUCAACAUCCUCUGGGGUUCUUAUGGUGGGACCCAACUUCAGGGUUGGCAAGAAGAUAGGGUGUGGGAACUUUGGAGAGCUCAGAUUAGGUAAAAAUCUCUACACCAAUGAAUAUGUAGCUAUCAAACUGGAACCAAUAAAAUCACGUGCUCCACAGCUUCAUUUAGAGUACAGGUUUUAUAAACAGCUCGGCAGUGCAGGUGAAGGUCUCCCACAGGUGUAUUACUUUGGACCAUGUGGGAAAUACAAUGCCAUGGUGCUGGAGCUUCUGGGCCCUAGCUUGGAGGACUUGUUUGAUCUCUGUGACCGAACUUUUACUUUGAAGACUGUGUUAAUGAUAGCCAUUCAGUUGCUUUCCCGAAUGGAAUACGUGCACUCAAAGAAUCUCAUUUACCGAGAUGUCAAGCCAGAGAACUUCCUGAUUGGCCGACAAGGCAAUAAGAAAGAGCAUGUUAUACACAUUAUAGACUUUGGACUGGCCAAGGAAUACAUUGACCCUGAAACCAAAAAGCAUAUACCUUAUAGGGAGCACAAAAGUUUAACUGGAACUGCAAGAUACAUGUCUAUCAACACGCAUCUUGGCAAAGAGCAAAGCCGGCGGGAUGAUUUGGAAGCCUUAGGCCAUAUGUUCAUGUAUUUCCUUCGAGGCAGCCUACCCUGGCAAGGACUCAAGGCUGAUACAUUAAAAGAAAGAUAUCAAAAAAUUGGUGACACCAAAAGGAAUACUCCCAUUGAAGCUCUCUGUGAAAACUUUCCAGAGGAGAUGGCAACCUACCUGCGAUAUGUCAGGCGAUUAGACUUCUUUGAAAAACCUGACUAUGAGUAUUUACGGACGCUCUUCACAGACCUCUUUGAAAGGAAAGGCUACACCUUUGACUACGCCUAUGAUUGGGUCGGGCGGCCUAUUCCUACUCCAGUAGGGUCAGUUCAUGUAGAUUCUGGUGCAUCUGCAAUAACUCGAGAAAGCCACACACACAGGGAUCGGCCAUCACAGCAGCCUCUACGAAAUCAGACUGCAUCGUCAGAGCGCCGAGGAGAGUGGGAAAUCCAGCCCAGCCGGCAGACCAAUACCUCGUACCUGACGUCUCACUUGGCUGCAGACCGCCAUGGGGGAUCAGUGCAGGUGGUUAGCUCAACCAAUGGAGAGCUGAAUGUCGAUGACCCUACGGGAGCCCACUCCAAUGCACCAAUCACAGCUCACGCCGAGGUGGAGGUAGUGGAGGAAGCUAAGUGCUGCUGCUUCUUUAAGAGGAAAAGGAAGAAGACUGCUCAGCGCCACAAGUGACCCGUGCCUCCCAGGAGUCCUCAGGCCCUGGGGACUCUGACUCGAUUGCACCCGCAGCUCCUGCCAUUUCUCAUUGGAAGGGACUCCUCUGUGGGGGAGGGUGGAGAUCCAAACCAAAAAGAAGAAAAACAGAUGCCCCCAGAAGGAGCUAGUGCAGGCAGCCAGGGCCCAGUGGGUCAGUGGCCGCCCCUACCUGCCUGAGGCUCUGAGCAGGUCCCAGAGCCACUGGUCCUCCACUGCUUACCCUUGGGGCUGCCUGGUUGACUCUCCUUCCUAUUGUUUACAGUGAAGGUGUCAUUCACAAAAACUCAAGGACUACUAUUCUCUCCCCUCCCCUUAGUUUACUUGCUCCUGGUUCUUGCCCCACCCUCAACCCUCUCCAGCAUAAAAGCUAAUGAGCUGAAGGCUUUGUCUGCUGAAGGAGCUUGAGAGGCUGGGGGUGCGGCCAAGAAGGUAGGAGGGAGAUGCAGGCCAAGGCUGGAGAAGAACCUUCUCCGCCCACCAGGUGUGUCUGGCAGUAUGACUCCCUCUUCCUCUGUGCCUGUGCAGCCUCCAUCCCGAGCUGGCCACGGGGUGCAGGUUACUCCCUCCUUCCCUCUUGUGAAGUUACACUGUAGGACACAAGCUGUGAGAAAUCUGCAGUCUACUGUCCCUGUGUGUUGGCGUUCUUAGCUUUCUUGACAAGCGAACUCUGUUCUCCAGACAGUAGUAGAACAUUGCAAAUUGUUCUGAGCAAAGGACAAAAAAAACCUGACUUUAUUGCACUUUUAGUUUGUUUUUUUUUUUAAACAAAAAACAUGGCAGAUGCAUAUUGUGUCUGGUUAUAUUGGGAGUUUUACUUUUUUUUUCUGUUUCGAGGGGGAUGGGGCCAGCCAAGCCAUUCAGAGAGAACAUGGGUCCAGAGGACAUUCUCAAUGGAAAGAGUUGGGUCUGCAGCACCCAGAAGAGAAGAAGCCAAACUCUGUGUCAUUCUGAGUGAACUCUCAGGUUGGCAAGGAAACAUACUUGAAUUUUCAUUCGUCUUCUCAGCUGCUGAAGAAUGUCCCUACCAGAGCCUCUUGACCUCAUCAGCCUGCAGUUUGGACAACCUAGCUCUCCAGCACAUGGGAUGAGCCAGCCAAGCCAGACUGUGACAGGAGACAGUUCAUCCCAGAGAAGGAGAUGCUUAACAACAAAAAUCUGAAAUAUCUGUUUCCUCCACUGCCAGGGACUUCCAACUAGAUAGCCAUGUGACUUCCUUAGUGACUUGGGGGACAAAAUUAGUGAUGAAACAGCCACCACUGUAUUGCCACUAGUGGACAAGAAGGAGGAAAGUGAUCCUGCCUUCCAACUGCCAGAGGAACCUCAGGAUUUGGCUCAUCAUAGGGCCAGGAAAUAAACUUGGUCUGUACUGUUUGCCCCAAUAGCUGAGUUACAGCAUUUGGGCUGGCCUGCCUUAUCAGAAACCAAGUACCUGCAAAUCUUCUUCCAGCAGGUCCAUAGCUGCAGGCUUAGGCCUCAGUGUAUGGGGCUAUAGUGAACAGGGGGGUAAGACUGGUUAGUGCUGGAAAAUUCCUGGGGAAAGGAGACUGAAAUGAAAGGUGUGAAAUUAUCCUCUCACUUGGACUUAGACUCCUUCUAGAUGAGAUGGCCACGCAUCUAGAGCCUGUUCUCCCCGGUACACUCUCCACGUCCAGACAUGCUGCCAUGAAGGGUCUUGGUUCCUCAUUCACUGCUUGAAAAGUCGCCAACGUAUGGAGUUAAUAGAACUUCUCGUGCUUGAUUUUCAUUGGAGAUGAGCGACUUAUCCAAACAGUGACUUCGCAUUCCAGAUGUGAUCGAGGAGAAAGGAUUAAUUACAUCAGAGAACGAGUGCCAUCACCACCUUCAAAGCAGAGGGUUAUCCAUGCUAAGAAAUGGGGAUGCAGUGCAGUCGUCCCAGUAACACACACAAGAGGACAGCUAUCCUGAUUGCCCCUUCCCCGCAAAGCCCCUCUUUCAGAGCAGGUGAGACAUUUUCAGUGUUCCUCUUUUUGAGCUCCAGACCAAAUCCCAGGCCAGCCCUUACACCGAAAGCUUUUUUAAGAGGCUUAUCAAUCUGUUAGGAAUCUCUCAGGAAGAUGAGCCAUUUCUUUGGCGGGGGGUUACGGGGGACUGUAUCUACAGAUGGGUGUGUGUGGUUGCAUUUGUAUGCGUGUGUGUCUGUGUCUGUGUGUGCACGUGCGUGCCAGCACUCAUCUGUAUGCAUUUCACUUCCAUAAAGACUCACAGCCCACCUGAAGGAAAAAACCUCACAGCCCAGGUUGCUGGGACCAUGUGUUCCUGAGUAUUCUCAGAAAUAAACAAGAAACAAAUGAGUUUCUCAAAUUGGUGUGGCAGCAAGCUGGCUCUGGGAAUGAGCCCCAUUUAUCAAGGAGAAGAGUAAACAGCAGAAAAAAAGAUGAAACCAAAAAUAUUAUAAGCCCCCCCAAUGGAAAAUAAUGUUCAUUCAUCAAUUCCCAUUGGAUGUAUUACAUGCUCUAAUUUAUUAUAUUAUUAUUUUGUCUGUUUCUUUAAUCUUUGCCCAUUGUACUUUUUAAAAGAUGUUGGGAUGUUGACUGCAAUUUUUUAAGACUAGAUAAUGUAUAAAUCAGCUGUGGAAAUCAGUUUUAAUUGAUGCGUGGAUGUGUCUGAUUAUUGUUAAAUGCCUUUUUUUUUAACCUUUUAUUUUAGAUACAUAAUUUUGUUUCAUAAACCCUGGCACUGGUCUGCAAAGCUCAGCUGUGAAAAUGAAACUUGUCGUAUUUUUAAACAUGAAUGUCAAUUUCAAGUGUAUUUGAAACGGUUCCUCCAGGAGAGAGAUUUGUACACCAUUAAGUAGAAACUCCUCUGCAGAGGAAGAAGCCUUCUUUGGAGUAAAUGGAAAUGGGUCUUGAUAUUAUCUCAGAGUAGCCCAUUUCCUAGGGCACCAUGGAAAACACAAAUGUGAUCUUUAAGUAUACCUCUUCUCCAAUCUGGGGAGGAAAGGUCUCAGUUUGCACCCUUUUUGUAUGUACAAUAAAAUGUCUUACCUUUCUUGGCUAA